AUGGUGGAGGCGGGUGGCGCACGACGCCACCGAAUGACUCUCGAAUCCGGAGAUCACACACUUACGCUCUUCGCUUAUAGAACUGGACCAUUUAAAACGGUUUUGUUCUAUGUUCUAACAUUUCUGACACUUGGAAUAUUUCGACUAAUUCUUCACUGGAAACAAAAAUGGGAUGUCAAAGUGCGGAUGGUGCCUUGUACUUUCGAAUCAGCGGAAUACAUAUAUAUUGUUGAUAACCACAACGUCACCGAGUUACAACCUGUACUGCGGAAACCCAAUGUAAUGAUUCCUUCUGCAAAUGGUGAAAUGCAAAAAUCGGCAGAACUACGAUGGUUUGUGUUUCGGAAGUUGGAGUAUAUCUGGAUAGAUAAUACGGAUUCUGAAGAGACUGCUGAUGAAUCUGAUUGCUGUUGGAAGACGUCUUUUGAUAUCGCCAAUCAAAUUCCUUGCCGAUCACUAUUAUCUGUUUCUGAAGGUAACUCUGGAUUGUCUUCUUCUGAAAUCUCAAGACGAUUGGAAUUCUAUGGAAGAAACGAAAUCGUAGUUCAACUGCGUCCGAUUUUGUAUCUGCUUUUCAUGGAGGUCAUCACCCCAUUCUACGUUUUUCAAAUUUUCAGUGUGACUGUUUGGUACAAUGACGAAUAUGCAUAUUACGCAUCGCUUAUUGUGGUUCUUUCACUUGCAUCAAUUGUUAUGGAUGUUUAUCAAAUUAGAUCACAAGAAAUACGUCUUCGAAGUAUGGUUCAUUCUACAGAAAGUGUUGAAGUGAUACGAGAUGGAAAAGAAAUGACAAUAGGAAGUGAUCAAUUGGUCCCGGGAGAUAUUCUUCUCAUUCCACCGCACGGAUGUCUGAUGCAAUGCGAUUCAGUUCUAAUGAAUGGCACGGUAAUAGUUAACGAAAGCGUGCUAACUGGAGAGUCUGUUCCUAUUACCAAAGUUGCCCUUACUGAUGAAACUCACGAUUCCAUAUUCAAUAUUGAGAAAAACUCUAAAAAUGUACUGUUCUGUGGAACUCAAGUUCUUCAAACACGUUUUUAUCGAGGAAAGAAAGUGAAGGAGAUGUUGGAGCGGGGCCUGCUGGAGCUUGUGGAGCGACAUCAUGAGCUGGAGCAGCUGAUUCUUCGUAUCCUCCAGGAGCGGGAUAAGAUGCUGCUGGUGGUGGAGCUUCUUUGUAAUCUCCCUCAUCAUAUGCUCCACGAGCUUGUCGUCUGGCAUGGAACACAGAUCCAAGAGCAUUUGAUUGAAUAUGCAUUAUUUCUCUCCACAUGUCAUCAAGGUCUUUCUGCAAAAAUCAGAAAAAAUAUGAAAAAGUUGGUCAACUGA